UAUUGGUUCACGAUUGCAUGCUGGGACGUCUACUGUCGGCCCAUAGCAACACCAACGAACAGUAGCGUUAUAUUAACCUAGUGAAUUAUGAAAUAUUGUACAAGUAGACAGUAGUGACCGUUACAUUGCAUAUUGUAAAUUAAAAGACAGUAGUAUCCCGGUGAUACGGGUUUCUGUGAUAGGGGCAAAAUGCAGUCGGAGGAUGCGCGAUAUUUAAAAAGGAAAGUAAAGGGGGGAAACCUAGAUGUUCAUCCAACUGAAAAGGCCCUUGUGGUUCAGUAUGAAGUGGAAGCCACUAUUCUGGGAGAAAUGGGAGACCCUAUGCUUGGGGAACGGAAGGAGUGCCAGAAAAUCAUUCGCCUCAAAAGCCUAAACGCGAACACUGACAUCGCUUCUCUAGCUCGCAAGGUCGUGGAGGAGUGCAAACUUAUACACCCCUCAAAACUGGCCGAAGUCGAGCAGUUGCUGUUCUAUCUACAGAAUCGACGGAAACCGAACGGUAAAGAAAAACGAGAAAAGCGCCAGGUUAAACCGAGAGAUCUGACCCCAUUUGAAGGAAUGGAGAUUGACGAGGAGGCCAACAUUAACAACAUAGAUGACUACGUUGAGCUAUUGUACGAGGAUAUCCCAGAGAAAGUAAGGGGCUCGACCCUGAUCCUCCAGCUGGCCCGUAACCCUGACAACCUGGAGGAGCUGCUUCAAAACGAAACCGCGCUGGGAGCGCUGGCCCGGGUCCUCAGAGAGGACUGGAAGCAGAGCGUGGAGCUGGCCACAACCAUCAUCUACGUCUUCUUCUGUUUCUCAAGCUUUUCUCAGUUCCAUGGUCUGAUCACGCACUACAAGAUUGGAGCACUGUGCAUGAACAUAAUUGAGCAUGAACUGAAGAGAUAUGACCUAUGGCAGGAUGAACUGCAGAAAAAGAAGAAGGCCUGUGAAGAUGACUCUGAUAACCAGAAUGUGAAGAAGGAAUAUGACAAAGCAUUUAAGAAGUACCAAGGACUUCUCACCAAGCAAGAGCAGCUAUUACGAGUGGCCCUGUACCUGCUGCUCAACCUGUCUGAAGACACGCGCACCGAGCUGAAGAUGAGGAACAAGAACAUCGUGCACAUGCUGGUGAAGACCCUGGACAGGGAGAACGCUGAGCUCCUGGUCCUGGUGGUGUCCUUCCUCAAGAAGCUCAGCAUCUUCCUGGAGAACAAGAACGACAUGGCCGAAGUUGACACCAUCGAGAAGCUGGCCAAGCUGGUUCCGUGUGAGCACGAGGACCUGCUGAACAUCACGCUGCGUCUCCUCCUCAACCUCUCCUUUGACACCGGCCUUCGCAACAAGAUGGUGCAAGUGGGGCUGCUGCCCAAACUCACCACGCUGCUGGGGAACGAGGCGCAGAGACAGAUAGCGAUGUGCAUCCUGUACCACAUCAGCGUGGACGACAGAUUCAAGUCCAUGUUCGCCUAUACGGACUGCAUUCCACAGCUGAUGAAGAUGCUGUUCGAGUGCAGCGAGGAGCGUCUGGACGCUGAGCUCAUUUCCUUCUGCAUCAACCUGGCCGCCAACAAGAGGAACGCCCAGCUCAUCUGCGAAGAUAACGCCCUGAAGGUGCUGAUGAAGAGAGCCCUCAAGCUGAAGGACCCUCUUCUGAUGAAAAUGAUCAGGAACAUUUCUCAGCACGAUGGCCAAACGAAGCAGUUGUUCGUCGAACACGUGGGGGACCUGGCAGCCCAGAUCCGGCAGGACGAGGAGGAGGAGUUUGUGAUCGAGUGCCUGGGCACCCUAGCCAACCUCACCAUCCCCGACCUGGACUGGGAGCUGGUGCUGAGGGAGUACAACCUGGUGCCCUACCUGAAGGACCGCCUGAAACCGGGCUCGGCCGAGGACGACCUCAUCCUGGAGGUGGUCAUCAUGCUGGGGACCGUCUCCAUGGACGACUCCUGCGCCGCCAUGCUGGCCAAGUCGGGCAUCAUCCCGGCCCUCAUCGAGCUGCUCAACGCCCAACAGGAAGACGACGAAUUUGUCUGUCAGAUCGUCUACGUCUUCUACCAGAUGGUAUUUCACCAGGCCACCAGAGAUGUGAUCAUCAAGGAGACCCAAGCCCCGGCGUACCUCAUCGACCUGAUGCACGACAAGAACGCGGAGAUCCGCAAGGUCUGCGACAACACGCUGGACAUCAUUGGCGUGAGUAUCCUCCGGCCUCUCGCUCAGCAAGUCAACUAUAUAUAUAUAUAUAUAUAUACCGCCACUCCUUUCACUUCAGCCGUGUUCUUAAGUGGCAGCUUUGAUGGAUGUGGUAAAAUCUUACGUGUGAAAUUGCUUUCUCGAUGGCGUCAGAUAUCUCUAAAUUCUUCGUUCGCCGCGGCGACGGCGCGCUCCUCCGAGGACGGUCUGCGGCCCCUCCCCCUCCCGCCGGGCCCGACGCGUCUCGCGGCGUGCGCUCUCCCCAUUGGCCCGCGGCCCGUCUCCGCUGCCUCUCCGCUCGGCCCGAGAUUGGGAGGAGGGGCGGGCGGGCGGGAGUAUGAGGAGGACUGGCAUACUCUCUUAGCCCUGCUCUUCCUGCAGGAGUAUGAGGAGGACUGGCAUACUCUCUUAGCCCUGCUCUCUCCUGCAGGAGAGUAUGAGGAAGAUGGCAACUCUCUAGCCCUGCUCCUCUGCAGGAGCGUAGAGGACAUGUACGGUAGCGUCUCGCAGGCGGGGGAGACCAGAGGAUUCCUGGCCACGAGCGGGGACCGGGUGGAGCCCUUCGGACGGGCGGAAUCCGAGCGUCCGACUUUCUACAGCGCCGGUGAGCGGGAGGCCGGCAUCAAGCGCACAAACAAACACGAGCGCCAUUUUCUCUCGCUGUUUCUGCAGCGUGCCCUUUCUGCAAAUGGCUCCGUGUUGAUCAGAAACGUGUGUAGGGAGUUCCCUGCGAGCGAACGUCUGUCCCUGACGGCUGUUUUCCUGUCUGUUGUUGCAGACGGGAUAAUCCCGGCGGACGGCGCCAUCAGCCCGGAGUUCUUCAACGACUUCCACGCUCAGAACGGGGACACGGGGCCGCAGGCCUUCCCCGGCAGUACAAGUGGAGAUGGGUUUGGAUCGACUGCCGGAACCCCGGGACGUCCUGCCACAGCCUACGGGUACCGUCCGGAUGAGCAGUUCUUCUAUGGAUAUGGGUCAUCCAGAUAAAUUUGCUCUUCACUCUGUUACACUUACUGUUGACACCCUCUACCGUUGCAAGUCUGACCACUGGUAAAAGUUUGCAUUAAAUUGUAAGGCACAAGCCACACCCCUUCUAAUAUAUUACAUUCCAGGAUCCCAGCACGUAGCCGUUUUAAUCUAAUGGUAGAAUGAAAUUCUCUGGGCGGUUAGCCUCCGAGGUCAACUGUUCUGUCUGAUGUGUACUUGCUGAGUGAGCUCUUAUGCUUCUAUUGGUGUGCUCAUAUAAUAGUAGGCUAACUGUGCACGUUAAGCAUAUUAAAUGUUGGCAUCGGUUACUUAGUUUAAGAAAGUACUAGACAGUAUUGGCAGGCUUGUUUUGAUAAACUAACCUUUUAAUUAUCUGCAAGAAUUCCAGUGAUAAAAUGUGUCAUCUACGUCUCAUUUCAAGAAAUUCUCAGUUAAGGCUGUGGAAUUUCCCCCUUAGGGUUAGCGUCACGAUAUUCAUUAAACCACCAAACAACCUACCAAAUUGAAUGCACUACUCAUAGAAAUUAGUCAUAAUUUUGGGUGUUUCUUGGCUUAAACCAAGCAGCCCGAUAGAACUGCAUGAUAUAAACUGUUGGAGUUUGGUAUGCUCGUGUGAAUUUAUUUAAGGUGCAGACACUGUAGGUCUACUGUUUGUAUACGCAUUUCUUCUUCUGCGACGCGCAUUGAAUGGUGAAGCGUGGAUCACAGAGGCUAUGGCUUGGAGAUGGAGAGACAGGCACUUUUAAUCUUAUUUGAGUUUUAUAUUUAUAGCACAGACAAGAGUCUACUUUAUUUUGCUUUUGUUACUGGUUAACAAGGUUACGUCAUUAUUGUUUUUGUAUUAGUCUUUGUGUCUUUUCUGUUUAUAUCAUAUAAUUUUAUUGUCAUAUAAUUGUAUUGUUUUUUUAUAGUACUCUUAAGAGCUCAUAUUGCUUUUGUCUUCAACGGUGCCUGGAGCUCAUCUGAACUACUGUAAUGAGAAAAGCCUUUGCUGCUAUGAUUCAGUGUGGACUCGUUGUUGUGGAUGUCCACUCCUCUGGACCAGGUGGAAUAAAGUGGAUAUUAAAUUGUG